AUGGCCUGGAAGCUGGCUGCCACCAAGGCUGCAGCGAAGAGCACAGAGAGAGCCAGGGAAAGGCCCAUGCAGGUCCCUCACCUCAGCUCCCUACCCUCCCUCCACUUCAAGUGCUGUGGGGGCAACAGCUCACCUAACUGGCAGCACAGCUUCGACAUCCCAUCCCAGGAGGCCCCACAUCACCAGGGGUCUGAAAGCUGCUGUAAGAUGGUGGUGGCACUCUAUGGCCAGUGGGUGCAUCCCUCCAAUAUUUUUAAGGUAGAGGGAGGCUGCAUCACCAAGUUGGAGCAGUUCCCAGCUGACCAUCUGCUGCGCUUAGGGGCAGUGGGCAUUAAGGUGGCCUAUAUGUGGAUCUGUGGGAUGAUUUUCAAGUGUUACUUGCAUCAGAAGCUCCAGCAGCAUUUUUAUUAA